AUGCAUGCCAUGUACGGAUCAGCUCGACGCAUUGCCACGUCGGCUCGUUCGUUUCCAUAUGGCCAGUCCAUCUCUACACCAUCCACAGCUUCUGCUAGUGAUCAAGACGCUGCGGUGCUCGGUCGCUUUUUUUACCGAAACCGCAAGGUCAAUGAGUGGGCUAAUCAUCCAGCUCACCGCACAACGUUACGUCAACUGAUCUUGUUCGGCCGUUCGGCAAGACGAAACAAGACACUUUUGAUGCAGAGUGCUAACUAUCUCCGCACUGAGCUUACCAUUCGUGUUGCGCAUCGCCUUCGCGAUAUGCAGACGAUCCCUUUUGUCGCCAUGUCUAACGAGCAGCUGGACUCAAUUUACCAAUUCUACUGGCGCACGUUUGAAACAUUGCGUCGCAUGAGCAAAAUCGAAACAGAUGAACAAAAUAAGCAUCUUAUCCACGUUGUGACACAACUCUUGUCUGAACGGAAAAGCAAGCUUGACUUGACGGCAAGUAUUUGCCGUGAAUGCAUACACUAUAUGGAACCGGAGACGGUAGAUUUAUUCUUGGCUCGUAUGCUUCGAUCCCAAAUUUCACGAGAAGUGCUGGCUAAGCAGCAUAUUGCACUAUCACACAUGCAAGUGGUACCAGAAUCCAGCAAGACACCGCAGGUGGUCGGUAUGAUUGAUACUCAGAUUCGUGUCGCGUAUUCAGUGGCUCAGAGCUUCAAGUUUGCCAAAGAAAGUCUCGCGCAAACAUACGGAUGGGACGUCGAUGAUGAGCGUAUGCCUAGUCUAGAAAUUUUGGGCGAUACGACGAUUGCCUACUUACCAGCUCAUUUGGAAUUCAUUGUUCAAGAGCUCCUCAAAGUAUCGAUGCAGGGCACCAUGAAUUUACACCAGAAGGCAAGUCACACACCACCGAUCAAGAUCCGUAUUGUGGAUAGUGGCUCAAAAGACGACGUGAUUAUCCGGAUCUCGGAUCGUGGUGGUGGCUUGAAAUGCGUUCAUUCUGGCAAUUUAUCCGACGUAUACAAUCAAGGAUCCAACGUUAUUCGUGCCCGCGGACCAUCGCUUCUGCCGGGUGCCAACACGGUCAAGCCUUGGAGCGCAAAGGAAGACACGCUGCUAUGGUCGUUCCACAAUCUUGGCAAGGAGCUCGAGCGUAUGAAUAUCCAACUUGAUGCGCGGGCCACACUAGAUCGCACACAUAUUUCCGCUGAUGGCGCAGAAACGCCUGAUCCUUCUUCCUCGUACCCGGGUGGUGAUGGCUUGAUGCGCUUGUCAGUAUUGAACAUGGACUCGAGGUCUGGCCUGCCCAUCGUCCGACUGUACUCGGAACUAUUUGGUGGCAAGCUAGAUUUCCGUACGCUGGACGGGUAUGGCACGGAUAUUUAUCUUCGUCUCCCUAAGGACGGCACGAAUAAGGAGCUACAUGAAUAG